CCCCCGCUGCGCUGCAAACCCCCGCUACGCGGACGGCUUCGGCCCGCGGGACGGCUGCGGCCCGCGCGACUGGGAGCCAUGGCAUACCUCGCAAACUCCCUUUUUGUGAGAAAUUUGAGUCCGCAGGUCAAUGAGACGAUGAUCCGGGAGAUCUUCGCGAGCUGCGAUGAGAUCGAGAAAGUGAUCUUCAAGCCAUACCCAAACAAUGAAACCCAGUUCUUCGCGCAGAUCAACUUCAAGACCUCUGCUGGGGUCUCUGAGGGCUCCAAGCUCAGUGGCACCAAGAUUUUAGGUGUUCAAUGCAUGUGUGGAGUCAUUGACCCCAUUCGACAGGCGGAACAGACCCGUCAGGCCACGGUCGCUCAGGCGACGGCGGCCCUGCCUACAGAAGAAGACCAGGCAAACGAAGAGUUUGAGAUGCAGGCGGAACACGUCCGAAAGGCCAAAGAGGCAGCAGAGGAGCUUCGGCUUCGGACGUGCCAUAUCGCCGGAUUAGCAGAGGACAUCAAGGAGGAGUCCAUCAGGAAGCUCUGUGAAGGCUUCGGCGAAGUUGAAACGCUGAGGAUCGACACCGCGACCGAUGGCCAGACCUUCGGAUUGGUCGAGUUCAAGGAGACCAAAGUCGCACAUGUGGUCAAGAUGCAAAGAUCUUUCUUGGUGGAGGACCGCGUGUUGGUCUUCACUGAGGCGAAGUCCCAUGUGGACAAUGCCAAAGUGGAAGAGAUGACGGUGCAGUUUCAGGCGCCCAUCAUCGAUGCGAUGAACAUGCGAUCCGUCCUGGCGCAGCAGGUGCCGUUGGCGGAGAAGUUGGCGAAGGUGAAAGCCGCUGCCACAGAGAUCUUGCCAGCGACGUCUCGCGAGGCCAAAGAGCCCGCGGUGAAGGAAAAAGAGAAAAAGGAAAAGAAAUUGAAAGACAAAAAGGAUAAGAAAGAAAAGAAAGAAAAGAAGAAAGAUAAAAAUAAAGAAGGAAAAGAAAAGAAAGACAAGAAGAAAGACAAAGAAAAAGAGAAGAAAAAGGAGAAGAAAGGGGAGGAGAUGGAGAAAGUUUCCGCUCCGCAGGCUCCGCAGCCGAAGCGACCAAAGGAUGAAGCUGAGGCUGAAUUGAUGGAAGAGGAGGAAGAGGAAGAAAUGGUGGACAUCGAUGAAGAGGUCGAGGUUCUGCCCGAGGGUGAAGUAGUAGGCCUGGUGGGCACCUCUUCGUCCUCGUCCAGCUCGAGCGACUAUGGCGCCGAUGCGCUCGUGGAACUACCCAUGGACGUCUCGAAGCCUGAUGAGGUCUCUGACGGUGACGAUGUGCUGUGUGACGCUCCGACGCCGCUGCGACCUAAAGGCAAAGGAAAGGGUAAGGUGCCCCGCCGUCCGCCCGGCGCGCCGCCGGGCGGACGGGGCGGACUGGGCAUGCGACCCGCACGGGCGCCGUUCACGCCGGCGGUUUGCCCCAACCGGCGCGCGCUCCGAGCCGCUGCGCGCGUCACAGGUGGAAGGGCCUUUUGGGACGGCGCCGCGCGAAGAGCCACAGAAUGACCAGUGCAACGGUUGGACCACUUAAUUGGAAACGGUGUUUGUCCCGUGGCAUCUGGAUGAAAAGAGCGGUCCUUGUCGGUGUGUGUGUGUGUGCGUGUGUGUGCGUGACACCCUUCGAGUCACAGGGAUUCCGUUGAAGUUGUUCUCACUUUUUGCCGUGCUUUGGUCUCAACCUCUACUUUGGUAGACGCUUUAUCGCAGGGGUGCCAGGGACCGCGCAAGUCUGGCAAUAACAAAGACGCUUGCAUUGGUCUGUGAUAUCAACUCGGGACGCCGAGUUGACGUACCUGCUCCGAACACAUUGACGCCACUGGUCCUCCCUCGCUCGGGCUGUUUCCAGGUUCAUCGGGUGAUGUAAUGCGCAAACGAGUUCUGCAGAUGCGCACACUCGCCGUCAUCCCGUCGCUCUCGUCCACUUUUCGAGCUCGUCUCGAUUGGUGAAUUUCAGGGAGGUUUUUUUUGAGGCCUCAUGGUCAGAAUGCCUUAUUUACACUCACCUUGGUGUCUUAGGUUUUUACUUAGGCUGGCGAGUGGCAAACCGCAAUCGUGUCAGCAUGCAUUUCCUAAGUGUGUGAAUCGCGGGUUUGAUCUUAAUCUUAGCGUGGUGUCUGGUUUUGGAAAGAAUUCGAUUGGUUGAAGGUGUCAUACGCGAAGAUUGAAAUCACUUACGGCCAAAAAGAAGCUCAAAACGUAUCGGCAUCAUUUUGUGCGGCGGCAGCGAAUCCGGUCCCUGGCCCCAGACUAUAUUCGGGGCAGACCGUUACACCUACUCUAAAUCUGACCAAAAGCGUUCCCGGUACUUGAAAGCAACCAGAUUGAUUUGUAUAAUUGAUGUAGUAGACGAUUGGAUAUUGUUGAGUCAAACCUCUUGUCUCUAGAAUGGCUUGAUAUCUCCAUGUCUACUGUUGGUUUUGGUUCAUCCACCCUGGGAUCUGUUGGCAUCAUCUCUUCGUCGCGGAUGCUUCGCGCUGCGCCGCGAACGCGCGAGGCGCCAUCGACUUGGACGACGCAGCGGGCGCCAUCGAUUUAGGUUGACGCAGAGGUACGGAAACCAUAGAGGAACGGAGCACAUGGCACGCAUAGAUCUGGAUCACGGGGUCAGAGGUCGCAGCUGGUUUUUUGGUGUUUCUUGUUUUUCUUCACUGGGUGGUGUUUUUG